AUGUCAGAAGAAUUCCCUCCCGAAAGCAUUGUUCUAGCUAAAGUGAAAGGAUAUCCAGCAUGGCCAGCAAUGGUUUUGGACGCCGACCUAUUACCACCACACAUUCUUAAUAAACGCCCCAAAAAUAAACAGCACGAACCAACACCAAAUAUAUUACCCAUAAAGUUCUUCAGUGAUGAUACGUAUAUCUGGAUUAAAUCAGGUGAUAUUAAGCCAUUGAGUAAAGAUGAUAUAGCUACUCAUUUUGUUCAGAGCUCGCAAAAGAGAAGAAAAGAUACUGUAUUGGAUCAAGCUUUCAAACUUGCUAAUGAUCCGUUGGAUAUGGAAAUAUUUAUCAAGUAUGGAUCGAAGGGAAUACCUGAUGCUACAGAGAUUGAUGGUGAUGACGGUGAUGAUGGUGAUAAUGAACUGGAGGAAAAUGUCGUGGUCAAAACUCCAGCUCGUAAGAAGCAAAAAGCUGCUGCUCCUAAACUGACGAGCGAUAAAAAAUCACUUGCUGAAGCAAAGAAAGAGGCCGAGAGGGAAUUACUAGCGCAAUAUGAUUCUGAUUGGGGGCUACAAGAUAUCAACAGGUAUAGUAUCAAAGAAGGGAACUACAUUUUCGAUAGUCUAGAAGAGCAAAAGACUGUAUUUGCAAAAAUCCCCGACACUCACGAGUUUUCCGAGCUUUAUGAAAAACCAAUUGAGAAGUUUAAAAAGAUUGAAGAAGAUGUUCUUGGUCAACUAUUAGCUGAAACUCCCAACAUUGAGGAGCUUAACCGUCAAUUGACUCUGUUUCUAAGCUUGAUUAAUAAGGUGCCUAGGUCUGUGAUAACCAAAAGCAAGCUAUUACGUGCACUAAUAUUGGAUCAAAGAAAACAUUGUUCUCAUGAAGAUCAGGGUCAACUUGAAUUUAAAGAGAAGAGCAGCAAGAUUUUGAAACGGUUGGGUAUUGAAGUUCGUGAGAAUACCGAGGAAGAACUUGAAGUGAAAAGCGAGGCUAGUACAGCCCAGUCUACUCCAACUAGUACAGUGCAAUCUACCCCAGAGGUAAGUGAGCCUGUCAAGGAAGAGGUUGAAGUAAAGGAGAAAUCAGAGAUUGCCAACUCGGUGGACUCACCUUUGAAGCACGAAGUUCAGAUCAAUGGAAGGUAA